CACAGCUAAGUGAUCACACGGAGUGUGAGCAUGUCUCCCAAUGAGCUGACCUAUCUUGCUAUCCUGCUCGGUUCCGCACCACUUGGAUUUCUCUUCAAGAAUGGAAGCCCACAAGUAAAACAGCGAGGAUCAGCGGCAGUUGGAGUGGCUCUCACAUUGAUAACCUGUCACAUCCACAGCCUGCAUUCUGCCAUCACUAUCCUGGGCACAUGGCUCAUCAUAAAAAUACUCCCCAGAUCCUGCCACUUCCCCACACUGGGCUGGACCUUCACCUACCUGCUCUUCUUCAGGACUAUAACGUACUUUGAUAUUCCAGCACCAACCCCAUUUACCAAUGCAGUUCAGCUGCUUUUAACAUUAAAGUUGGUGAGUUUAGCAAAUGAAGUGCAGGACUUUUACCGAGCGAAAAAACAGGAGGUGACGUCGUUUUCAAAGCCCUCGGCAAUCAGCACGAUUCCCAGCAUUCCGAGUCUGCGGGAAAUGUUUUACUACAGCUACUGUUAUAUUGGAUUGAUGACAGGUCCCUUUUAUCGCUACAAGACCUACUAUGACUGGCUGCACCAAAUCGACCCGGCCUCUAUCCCAAGCUGGAAGCCACUGGUUUCCAGGCUUAAACCAGCUCCAGUGUUUGGAGUCCUGUUCCUUAUAGCUUCCCAGUACUUCCCUCUGGAUUAUGUGAAGACUGAUGAAUUCUACGAGCAGGCUUUCCUGUAUCGUCUCUUCUAUAUGGUCCCCACCUUCUUCAUCUUCCGUAUGCGAUUCUACGUAGCCUGGAUAUUUGCUGAAUGCGGCUGUAUUUCUGCUGCGUUUGGAGCCUAUCCUGUUUCAGCUAAAUCACGGUCUGGAGGAGGGCCAACCGUGGAAUAUGCUCCAUUAGAGAGAAACGCUGAGGGGGCUAAGGUGGAGCUGGAGUACGACUAUGAGACAAUAAAGAACAUCGACUGCUAUGGGGCAGAUUUCUGUGUUAAAGUGAAGGACGGGAUGCGCUACUGGAACAUGAGUGUACAGUGGUGGCUGGCACAAUAUAUAUACAAAAAUUCUCCUGUUAAAUCCUUGGUGUUUGGGAGUGCAUGGACCAUGCUUGUAAGUGCCUACUGGCAUGGAAUCCACCCUGGAUAUUACAUGAGCUUCCUGACCAUACCAUUAUGCUUGGCAGCAGAGGGGUCCAUGGAGGCUGGCCUGAGGCGUCACGUGUCCGAUUCUGGAAAGAUGAUUUUUGAUUGGGUGCACUGGUUCCUUAAGAUGAGAGCCUAUGACUACAUGUGCAUGGGGUUUGUGUUGCUGACCUUCACCGACACCUAUCGCUACUGGCAGUCCAUCUACUUUUCGGUGCACGUUCUGGCUAUAAGCUUAUUCCUUCUAGGCCGCGUGCUGGCACUUAAGUCUCCCCGAAGGCCAAGAAACACGAAGGAGGAGAAGGCAGAGGCCAAACAAGAGAACAGGCUCCAAGAAUAAACACAGUAAAGUACCUGGAUCCUCCUGUCGGCCAUAGAAAACCCUGUGACUCGUGCUAAACUGAUGAUUUACAGCCCUCUCCCACUUCCUCUGCUUCAGAUUCCCGGAAUGUAACCGAUACUUCAUAUGUUCCUCCUACAGGAAUACCGUCCGGUCUUACAGUGUAUUGCGAGCGUCCCUCACAUCAUCCUUUUUUAUGCUUCCUCGUGAAGUCACAUGUCUACGGUCCUGGAUUGCGGCACAUCAGGAUUUUCGGCAAGAGCACUGCCUGCGUUAUAUUGGCAAAUCCUAAGCCAAAUGCUUGUCAUUUUAUCAUCCAAAAAAAUGUAUUUCUGCUGGCAGCCAAAUCUUCCUCAGUCCGCUAUAAAGUGCCCCUGGUCUCUCUUUCAGCAAGGAGUUGGCUGGGACAGGGGUUUCUUUACCAAUUCUAUAGCUAUUCAAACCUGGGACACUCCGCUUGUUUUUGGCAUUUCAGCAGUUUCAACAUAUCAACGGAAAGGCCGUUUCUGUAUAUGGAAUUCGCAGUGAAGCCCAGGAACAAAAAGUGAUACUUGGAGAAUAAGGAAGGUACAUGAUGCUGUAGAUUCAUUUGUAUCCUGUUUCACCAUAUGAACAUAUAUGCCUUGUGCUUAUUCAUCACAGUGGGGAACCGUUAACUAUUUCAGGUAUAACGUUUCUGAAAAAUAAUGACAAAAAAUAUAUAUAAUCACAUACAGUCUUAUCAUUAGGGAUGCACCGAAUCCAGGAUUCGUUUCUGGAUGCCGCCAGGAUUGGGAUGUUUUCAGCAGGAUUCGGAUGUGCUAAAUCCAAGUGCCUGGCCUGAAUCCGAAUCUUUAAAAUCACAUGACUGUCCAUCACACAAACAAGGAAGCCAAAAAAUGUUUCUCUUCACCCUUCCUGGCCCUUUGGAUUCGGUAUGGUUCGGUAUUUGGCUGAAUAUUUUACGAAGGAUUCGGGCGAAUCCCAAAAUAGUGGAUUUGGUGCAUCCUUACUAAUCAUCACAGUUAAAUUGACUCUUGCUGGACUUGCUUAAUCACUGUAUGAUUGGUCCUGCCGCAAACCCUGCCCAAUAAGGCUCAGAGCCAUUGCUUUCAACUGAGCUUUAGCUAAUAAUACAUAUUUAUUGCCAAAGAACCCAACACAAUGGAAGAAAUAGAUCUAUAUUUAAACAUAAAAGGCCCUUUUUAUAAAUGGUUGAGAUACAUUUGAAUUAUAUUUCGACAUUUAAUAGUGAAGAAGAAUUGCGUAAUUAUAAAGAAUCCAAAAAACAUUCUGAAUCAAGGGAAAUGUAAAGUAGUGGUGAUCGCUAUGGUGAUUUAGCCUUUGGCUUUUGCCAAUUCUGAAAUAGAGAACAUGUAAUUUUCUGCAAAAUGUCCUAAUAUUUUGUGUAAAUAGGAUGAAACUUCCCAAAUCGGCUGUAUUUGUAAGGCAGGUUUUUUUUUGGGGGGGGGGGCUAAAUAAUACUGGGAAAUAAUGUAAAAAUGCCAAAUGUAACGGUUAUUACUGCCUAUAAAUAGACCAUAAUACUUUUUACACCUUUAAAGGAGAACUAAACCCUAAACUUAAAAAACCCCUACCCUAAAUAGACCCCUCCCUCCUCCCCCCAGACUAAGUGUUACCCCAGACAAAUGCCCCUAAUGUUUUACUUACCCCUCGGUGCAGAUUCAGGCAUCAGAGUUCACGGCAGCCAUCUUCAGCCACUUCGGUAAUAUUCGGAAUGAGACAUGCGCCUCCAUGCUGGUUUCAUUCUGCAUCAGCAGAAAACUGCACCGGCCCGGGGUUAUUCCAGUGAGCAUCACGGAGCGAUCGUCUUCCUGCUUCUUCUUGUGGCUGUGCAUGCACAUUAGAGUGAAAAUCUAAACUUUUAAAUAAAAAAAGACGGCUAUUUUGUUCUACUGCGCAUGCGUCUGCCUCGGAAAAUUUUAAAAAUAAAGUGACGAAGACGAUCAAACGUGGUGCUCGCUGGCAGAGACCCCCAGGUCGGACCAGUUUUCUGCUGAUAGGAGCACCAGCCUUGGGUGUCGGGUAAGUAAAUAUAAUCACUUGGGGGUGCCUAACCUUUUACCCCAAGGUAAAAUUACUUUUCUUCUCCUUUAAGUGCUAGCAGACUUAUGCAUCCACAUAAAAAGGAGCUUAUUGCCAGCCCUCCCUCUACAUUUCUGGUCAUUUUUUCAGUCUGCAUUUGUUUACAUGGCAGCUCAGAGUAGACUGUAGAUAUAACUGUGGUACUGAAGGGGCCAAAGUAUUUCAAUUCCCUACCAAGAGACAUGGACAUGAGUUUUAAAACCAGUUUGGAUGCAUUUCUAGCACAAGAGGGCCCACAUAAUUAUGUUUUUAAGCAUGAAUUAAUAAGUAAUUGAUUGUGGGAACAAUGCCAUUUUGGGGGGUCAGGAAAGACCUUUAUCCUCCCUGUGAGGCUGAAUCAGCAGCUGGGUAGGUAGGUCACUUAACAUGGCCAUAGGCACAAGGAUCCGACGAUUCGUAUGAUUUUCAGACUGUGUGUAGCGAGUCCCGACAUUUUUCCUCCGGCAGAGAUCGGUCGUUUGGUCGAUCGGACAGGUUUGAUUUUGUCCUAUGAAGCCCAUUGCGAUCUCAUCUUAAUCCGAUCGUUCAGAUUACCCCCGAUAUACAGUAGACAUGCCCGUUAGUGGCAUAUCGGGGAAAGAUCGGCUAGUUUGGCGUUGUCUAUGGCCACCUUUAGGUGAGAGAACAGUUAGAUUUAGAAGAAUUGAACUUGAAUUUCUCUUAGUUUUUUCAGCCUAACCCGCUGUCAUGGCACCAUAAUAGCUCCCUGCCUUGAGGAACUAGGAGUGAUCUUGAAAUGAAAACGCCAGUUACGUUAAACCCAUCUGGGCACCUCAGCAUUAGGACUGUUUAGGCAUAGUUUGUUUUUAUCAUAGAGAAAGAUUACCCAAAAGUAGAUGGAAUUCAUAGGUGUUUCUUUUGGUUUCCAGCUCUUUAGUAGCACAAUCUAGUCCAACAGGAGGGGCAUAAAUAAACUAAUAUAAGGUUGUUAGAUGAGAAAAAAACAUUGCAGCCAACCUUGCUCAUAGGAGGGUUUUCUAAUUUGAGGGCCAACUGGGGCUGCCUAGUUCCUCCAUUAUCUUUACACGAAGAAGUAAACCUCAUGCCAAAAACUACAUAUGACAUCCUUAAGCGGAUCCACCUCAGAAGCACUAGGCUUGGAAAACUCUGCUGCCUGUUGAGGGGGGAUGAAUCACUCCCCAUAAGUUUUGCAUAAGAUGCACUGUGGCUGCUGGGUAUUGUAGUUGUACAUCCCUUUAGAUUACAUCAAUAGUCCGUACUGAACGCCUCCAGAUGUGCAGUUGGCAAAAUAAAUCCGGAAAUGUAAAUUUUUCUGUGUUUUUUUGUAAAAUAACCUGUAAGCACUAUUCCCUUAUUGCAGAAUAACUGCCAUGAUUACGCUGGACGAAUUUUUGAGAAUCCUUCAAAACUACUUUUAGUAAAUCGAGGUCCAGUUUUUCUUCUAAAUUGUUAUAUUUUGAUCAAAUUUGUAAAAGAAGUAAACAAGGAAAAUGCUGUGAUUUAGUAUUGCUGUCGGAGGGAUGGACAUAAACCAGGGACAUGAGACACUGUGACCUUCCAUCUUUCUCCUCCUCCUCCUCCCCCAGCUGCUCAUUGGUUCAUGUGCACAGGACAGAUUUUGGUCUUAGGUUUUGGAAUCUGUUUAUCAAGGGAAUGAGUGCGGUACCAGGACACACUGUAUAUGUCAAGUACUGGUGAUAUCACAGGAACUUUUUUCUUGCUAAAGUAUACAUUUUAUAUAAAAAGAAAAAUCUCUCAAUAAA